UUCACUACGUGGAACUUGACGUCAACGCGCCGCGGCGGCAGGAGGGAGCGGCUCUGGUAGAGCGACGUAGAGAGAGAGCGGGAGAGAGAGAGAGCGAGAGCGAGAGCAGCGAAGCGGGCGGACGGACGGGUGGAUGACUCAGACAGACAGACAGACAGGAUGCGUGAAUACAAAUUGGUAGUUUUAGGAUCAGGAGGAGUUGGAAAGUCGGCUCUGACCGUCCAGUUUGUCCAGGGGAUCUUUGUGGAGAAAUACGACCCGACGAUAGAGGACUCCUACAGGAAGCAAGUCGAGGUGGAUGGACAACAAUGUAUGCUGGAGAUCCUGGACACAGCAGGGACAGAGCAGUUCACGGCGAUGAGAGACCUGUACAUGAAGAACGGUCAGGGCUUCGCUCUCGUCUACUCCAUCACGGCUCAGUCGACCUUCAAUGACCUUCAGGACCUCCGGGAGCAGAUCCUCCGAGUGAAGGACACCGAGGACGUUCCCAUGAUCCUCGUGGGGAAUAAGUGCGACCUGGAGGUGGAGCGGGUCGUCGCCAAGGAGUCAGGCAUCGGCCUCGCCCGCCAGUGGAACUCCUGCGCCUUCCUGGAGACUUCGGCCAAGAGCAAGAUCAACGUGAACGAGAUCUUCUAUGACCUCGUGCGACAGAUCAACAGGAAGAGUCCAGUUCAAGGGAAAACUCGCAAAAAGUCCAACUGCCAACUUCUCUAAUAACAGUUUCCCGCCAACCUGACCGACAACCAACCAAUCACAGGACAUCUUCCAGCUGGCCAACCCCCCUCCCCCUUUUAACACAACCCACAUCACCAUCAACGUCAGCCACCCCUGAACCCCGUUGCCGUGACGACCACACUUCCCAUCCCUGUUCACCUCGCAGUCCAAACAGACUGUUGCCUUGGAAACACUGGAACCAAACUCCAAAAGACUGCAACCGGCCAUGAUGAUGAUGAUGAAGAUAUUGAAAUGGAGGGAUGGGAUGGGGGGGGGGGGGUUGUCCAAACAACUGCCCAUUUCCCAUCAUGCUCUCUGCUAGGCCACUUUGCCGCCUUUGCCUUUAAUUUGACGUGUUCAUUUUUUUUCCAACUGGCCUGAACCUGUGGAUCCAUUCAGUGAUUAUUAUUUGUAUUAUUAUGAUUAUGUGUGGAAAAAAAUAUAUAAAAGUCAGUUAAUGUUUUUAAUUUUGCGGGGUCCGGGGGGUUAGCGGGUGCAGCAGGUCAGGUGGUCAGCUCGCCGCGCGCCGCUUACUUAAGCUAGCCGACAGCUUGGCAAAAUCUAGAGAAAAUGCUAACUUUCCAAAUAUGCUUAUUGCCACAGCUUUAAUUACGCUUACGUAGGUUGAGGCGCUCUGGUUAGCAUCGCAGCGUUUUGUCAGGUGUGAGUAUUUUAAAUACAUUCCUCAGGAGGACAGAAUGCUAACUAUGCUAACGCUCUCCUUGUGGAGUGUCAACAUGGAAAAGCUAACAAAGCUAAACAUGGCGCUUGUAAACAGCGAUGCGUUUCCAAACAUCAAAAUAAAACUUGAGUAUGGAAACAGCCAAUGUCAGAUAUAUUUGGUGAAGCUAACAAGGCCACUUAAAGUGAACAAAUGCCACCUGCCGUGCACCUGUGCUAACCGUUAGCGUAGCAGCGCGGCGAGCUGACUCCAGACCUGCUCAGGGUGGACAUGUUGCCUUAGUCAGCAGACUCACACUGGUCGUGUGUGUGUGUGUGUGUGUGUGUGUGUGUGUGUGUGUGUGUGUGUGUGUGUGUGUGUGUGUGUGUGUGUGUGUGUGUGUGUGUGUGUGUGUGUGUGUGUGUGUGUGUGUGUGUGUGUGUGUGUGUGUGUGUGUGUGUGUGUGUUCUGUCGGGCAGCCAACAGGUGUUGUUGAUGUGAUUAUAAAUCAAACUGUUACCUGAAUGUUAACUCAAUCGAGAGGGAAGUGCUGUAAUACUCAAUGCUACCACGUUAGCAUACACUGGGCGCAGCGGUAGCUAAAGUGUUAGCAUGGACGCCCUCUUCCGUCAGUGUUUCUUUUUUAACAGUAGCGGCCAUUGAAAGCGCCCGAGAGGCCGUAGUAUGCUGGCUUAAAAGCGGAAGCCCCGCCCCCUAAUAUAUUUGUGGGCGUGGCCUGUGAAGCAUCAGCCACAAAAAAAAGGAACGUUUUGCUUACCUGUCUUUGUGUGAAAUGUGAGGCUCAGUGACCACUGUGAGUACUGCUGUGCAGUGUUGUACUACCGGGACGUAGUACUGACCCUAACCGUCAGUAUCCGGUAUCCCGCAGUACACCGUCAUGUAGCAUGUUGAUGUUUGUCAGUUCUCAGUCUGACCUCCGGGGGGCGCUGCGACUGUUUGCAUGCCCAGCGGGCCGAAGGGUCUGCUUGCAGCUGUGAUGCAUCAUUGCAAAUGAAAAAACUGGUUCCAUGCUAACACGCUAGCAUGCUAACAAAUAGGCAGGCCAGUGACACUUUUCGGGGAAACUCACAUCAUGACUCCUAGAUGUCCCACCUGUCCUCAGCCAAUCAAAUCAGCGCCUGCGACCUCUUUGGCUUCCGGUGUUUGUACCUGCGGAGCAUUCGUCAGUUCAUUGUGACUUCUGUGGCAGUGAUGAUUGACAGCUCAGCCCAAACUUGUGUGUGUGUGUCUGCAUGUGUGAAGAAGGUUGGGCAGAUCCAGAGGCCUCAGGAUGCUCGGUUGUCAGACAUUCUUUCACAACGUUCCACUUUGGGAGGGUCGGCCCUCGAAGACGUUCCCGGUGUUGAGAUUGUGACGUUCAAACUUUCUCGCUCCACCUUUCAUACAAAUUGUCCAAAGGAUCCCGAUGGUUCUCUCGAGGUUGUCUGACAAACGUUAUUGUGUAUUUUUUCACUUUUUUACAGCGAGGCUAGCGGUUUCCCUCUGCUUUCAUUCUUUGUGCUAAGCUAGGCUAAAUGCACCCUGGACCUAUUUCUGAAGAGAUUUAAGCUCUUCCCAUCUUAGUUUCUGUAAAACGUUCAGAAGUCGCACCGAAGGGACGAAUGCGACCGCAGCCAAAAGGCAAACUGAGUCAUUUAAAGAAGAAAUGAUUUUACAUUACUGAAAUAAUCUGCUUCAUUUUCUCUGUAUGGCAUGACCAGUGAAAUGUAAAAGGAACCAGUUCAGCCAGUGCAAACACCUGGUUGAAUUCCCGUUUCCAGUCUGCUGAAUCAUCUCGGAGUUUUAACUGGGAAAAGAUUGGUCUGAACUGGUUUCUUCCCGUACAGAAAGCCUGAGGGGGGGGGAAGCCAAAUGUAAACUAAAAACUAAAAAGCCUUAAAUGAAUAAAAGUGGUGCGAUUUUGUAACA